AUCACUUUCGUUGAUUUUCGCGGCAACGUGUUCACCAUCCCCCAUGGGUCUAGGUUUUUUGUAAUCAAGUCGUACAGCAUACUUGAUGUGAACUCCUCGUUUACACACAAUAUCUGGACAUCAACCGAAUUGGGCAAUAAAAAGUUGAACAGGGCAUUUAAGGAGACACUGGCCCUGGGAGGGAAAAUAAUACUUUUGUUUCUGGUCAAUGCUAGCGGCAAGUUUUGUGGAGUUGCAGAAAUGACAAAUGAAAUUGACUAUCAAAGCUCAAGCGAUAUUUGGGUCGAGCAGACAAGGUGGAAAGGUAUUUUCCCGGUGGAAUGGCGUUUGAUAAAAGACGUACCAAAUAAGUUUUUUUACCACCUUAAAGUUCCGGCCAACGAGAACAAGCCAGUGACCAAUUCGAGAGACACACAAGAAAUACCCUCAAAUAUUGGGACCUCCAUGUUGAAGAUCAUGAGCUCCUUCAAGUGA